AUGCCCAUCUCUCGAAUCAGCGGAUUCAUCAGCUCCACCAUGGACAGCCUGGAUGGUCUUCGGCCCAGCCGAAUGCUAAUGUCCCCGGCCAGCUCCAUGAAGCUUGAACACGACAGAGACACGGUAGUGGUAACCGGCGGGGCAAGCGGCCUUGGCCACGAGAUUGUCAAGCUGCUGGCCAAGAAGGGCACCAAGCAUAUCUUCGUCCUGGACAUUGUCGAGCCCAUCCCCUCGGAGCGUGUGGACAACGUCACCUACUACCACUGCGACGUCGGCAGCGAGGAGUCCGUGAACAAGAUUGCUGCCCGGAUCACCAAGGAGGUUGGCCACGCUACUGUGCUGAUCAACAACGCCGGUGUGACUGUCGGAAAGACUGUUGGGGACUUGACUAUGGAGGAGAUCAACCGAACUCUGCGUGUCAACCUGGUGUCUGCAUUCAUCACCACCAAGGCCUUCCUGCCUGGCAUGCUCGAGCUCCAGCGAGGCUACAUUGUGACUGUGUCUAGCGUUCUAGGCCACAUGUCGCCCGCCAAGCUGAGUGUCUACGGAGCAUCCAAGGCUGGUCUGAUUGCAUUCCACGAGUCGCUCACCUAUGAGCUGGGCCCUCCUUCGCAGACCACUCGAGGUGUCAAAACAAUGCUUGUUACCCCCGGACAGAUGGCUACUCCUCUGUUUGAUGGGGUGCAGACUCCGAACGAGUGGCUCGCUCCGGUGCUGAAGCCUGCGGACGUGGCUGCCAAGAUUGUCUCGUCGAUGGAGAAGGGGUCUAUCGAGACCAUUUCGUCGCCUCUCUACACCAACUUCCUUCCCGUGUUUCGGUCUCUGCCGUGGCGGCCCGUCGAGGUUGCUCGGCGAUUCUCCGGCAUGGACCGUGGGAUGGAUACUUUUCGAGGCCGUCUUUAG